GUCGGCCAUUUUGGCGCUAGUGCGGAAGUUGUAGUUGUGCCUCGGAGCUAGAGCGGCCGACGGUUCCGCCUUUUCAUGGUCAGGUAGCUCCCGGCGCAUCGGCUCCCCUCCUUUUUUUUUUUGUUUUUUUUUACCGCUUCGAGACGAAAACUACCCGAAAAAAUGGCAGGCAGAUUACCGGCUUGUGUGGUGGAUUGUGGCACGGGCUACACAAAGCUUGGGUAUGCUGGAAAUACAGAGCCGCAGUUCAUCAUUCCAUCAUGUAUUGCUAUCAAGGAAUCUGCAAAAGUUGGUGAUCAAGCUCAAAGGAGAGUGAUGAAAGGAGUUGAUGAUUUGGAUUUCUUCAUAGGUGAUGAAGCAAUAGACAAACCUACUUAUGCAACAAAGUGGCCUAUUCGUCAUGGCAUUGUUGAAGACUGGGAUCUGAUGGAGAGAUUUAUGGAACAGGUUAUUUUUAAAUACCUUCGAGCAGAACCAGAAGAUCAUUAUUUUCUUUUGACUGAACCACCAUUAAAUACUCCUGAAAAUAGAGAAUAUACUGCUGAGAUCAUGUUUGAAUCUUUCAACGUGCCAGGCCUUUACAUUGCUGUCCAGGCUGUCCUUGCCUUAGCUGCCUCAUGGACAUCUCGACAAGUUGGUGAGCGAACAUUGACUGGAACGGUUAUAGAUAGUGGGGAUGGUGUCACUCACGUCAUUCCAGUGGCUGAAGGUUAUGUGAUUGGUAGCUGCAUUAAACACAUUCCUAUUGCCGGUCGUGAUAUUACAUACUUCAUCCAGCAACUUUUGAGAGAUCGAGAGGUGGGCAUACCCCCGGAACAGUCCCUGGAAACGGCAAAGGCUGUAAAGGUACAAUAUUUUUAUGUCUGCCCCGAUUUGGUAAAAGAGUUCAGCAAAUAUGACACAGAUGGUGCCAAAUGGAUCAAACAAUAUACUGGAGUCAAUGCCAUCUCCAAGAAAGAAUUCACCAUUGAUGUAGGCUACGAGCGAUUUUUGGGCCCUGAAAUUUUUCACCCAGAGUUUGCAAAUCCUGAUUUCACACAGCCCAUUUCAGAAGUAGUUGAUGAAGUUAUUCAGAACUGCCCUAUUGAUGUUAGACGUCCGCUCUAUAAGAAUGUUGUCCUCUCUGGUGGCUCAACCAUGUUUAGAGACUUUGGACGUCGUUUACAACGAGACCUAAAGAGGACAGUAGAUGCCAGACAACUUAGUGAAGAAUUGAGUGGUGGAAAACUGAAGCCUAAACCAAUUGAUGUUCAAGUGAUCACGCACCACAUGCAAAGAUAUGCAGUUUGGUUUGGAGGGUCAAUGCUAGCAUCCACUCCGGAGUUCUACCAGGUAUGCCACACCAAAAAAGAUUAUGAGGAGAUUGGCCCCAGCAUUUGUCGCCACAAUCCUGUCUUUGGAGUCAUGUCUUAAGGCUGAUCUCAAUAUUCUAAGGGCUGAGGGGAAGCCUUGCUUUUGGGGGCCUGUUGGGUCUGGAUGACUGGUGUUGUUGUUUAAAAAUGGCUUGAUUUUUAAAAACAGUAUGUGUUGGCAAACUUAAACAAUUGAGUGUCUUAAAAUGGGCUAAAUUGUGUUAAGCCAAAAUAUGAACAAUUUUUCUUUAUUAAACAUUUUGGACUAAUUUGUAAGAAAAUUCUAUAAUGGUUUUAGAUCAGAUUAUGCCCUAAAAUGAUGCAUAUGAUGGGAACUCCAAGACUUGUAGGAUUUGAAUGAGAUUGGAACGUCAGCUCUACCAUACUUCAAUUGUACCCACUGUGUACAAUACAAGAAGCUUGUUUAUAUUUCGUACUGAUUUUUUUUAUACAUCAGGUGGGGAAAAUGAAAAAAAAUAGGUAAUCUAUAAAGUGAAAUAAUGGCAAAAAAAAUAAUACUUGGUAAGAGUAUAUGAAGGUACUGAUCAAUAGGAGUUGCACAAAUAAUCAAAUCUCUAACAUAAAAACGAAAUGAGAAGUUAAUUUCUCACAAGUGAACCAGGAACGUACUUAAACUAAGAAGCUUUUUGCCCAAGGAUGGAAUGUUGUGACUGUUUAGUGUAGCUUGUUGAUGUCUGUAUAUGAGUUGGGUAUAAUUAACAUACCAACAUUCAUCAAGUACUGUGCAGACUGAAACUUUCCCAACAGGAAUUCUAGCACUAACUAUUGGAAGGAAUAAAUUGUUCCUUUUCCUCUUCUCUCGUUUUUAAAUUGAGGUUUUAUUUGUGUAUAGUUCUGGUUUAUCCAUUCUCUUCUAAUGAGAAGAAAAUUCUCAAGCCUAAAAAUUAUAUCUGCAUCAAAUAGGCUCAAAUGGUUUGUACAAGUCAUGUGACUUUGGUUAUUUGUGACUCCAGUCUGUUCCCAAAAGAAUAAUGAACUGUAUUUCCCAUAAAAAAAAUAUGGCUAACUCCGCAAGUGCUUUGGGAACCAUUUCUUACUCAAACUAACAGAUGCCUGCUAGUGCUUUCUGAAUACCGAAUGCAUUUUCUUUGUUUCUUGCUGCAAAAAAAAAGACUGUUGGACCAGUAUUGUAGUUCUAGAGCCUCAUUUUGAUUUAAACCAAAUAAUCUAAUCAAAGUGUGUACUUAAAGCCUUGCACCAUUCCAAUAAAGGCACAAAAUUCUUUUUAAAUGUUUUGACUGUGACUAGUUAAUUAAAGAUGAAAACCUUGUACUUGCACCUCUUCAACCAGGAGAAAUGGACUCUUAGAUUUAUGGGGAUUUUUUAACUUAGAGGUGAAGUCCUCAUCAACAUAACCACUCUUUACAGUCAACCUUUACUCUGCAUUGUGCAGCUUAUUUCAUUUGACCAGAUAUCCAGAUUAAAUUUGUACCAUGCUUGGCGAC